AUGAGUGGAAAGAGCAACAAAGGUGAUAAUGUUACAUCUGCGCUUUUGCUAGCAAUGAGGACUGGGGAGUGCAUUGUUGGAUUUAAGCAAGCCAUAAAGUCUGUUAUUAUGAAAAGAGCCAAAUGCCUUGUUAUUUCAUCGAAUUUUCCAUCUACAAAAAGGAAGCAGCUUGAAUAUUACAGUGUCUUGGCUGGAGGGCUUCCUAUUAUUUUCCACAACGCUAAUAAUGAGGAGCUGGGGAACAUUACUGAGAGAGGGCAUAGAUUGGGAUGUAUCUCUAUUAUUGACCAGGGAGAGGCUGAAUUGAUACCUUCCAGGGGAGAAUAA